GCAGCAGCAGCAGCAGCGAGCAGCAGAUCUAACGUUAGCUCAGACACUCCGGAGGACAGAGACACAUCCAGCUGGGAAGACGAUUCUGCGAGCCAAUGUUAACUUUCGGAUAGUACCGCGUUUUGCUAGAUCAUCUAGCGCUCCCGGGGGCUGGCUUUCGGCGUUCCUACUGGUGUUCUGCGGAGGAAAUAGCAAAAAUGUCGUCUCCAAGUCCGGGUAAAAGGCGAAUGGAUACCGAUGUGGUGAAACUCAUCGAGAGCAAGCAUGAAGUCACCAUCCUCAGCGGACUCAACGAAUUUGUAGUGAAGUUUUUCGGCCCACAGGGAACGCCGUACGAGGGAGGCGUGUGGAAAGUGCGAGUAGAUCUUCCUGAUAAAUACCCAUUCAAAUCGCCGUCAAUAGGAUUCAUGAACAAGAUUUUUCAUCCUAACAUUGAUGAAGCGUCAGGGACGGUGUGCUUAGAUGUCAUCAACCAGACAUGGACGGCCCUUUACGACCUGACCAACAUCUUUGAGUCGUUCCUGCCCCAGCUGCUGGCCUACCCCAACCCCAUCGACCCCCUGAAUGGAGACGCAGCUGCCAUGUACCUCCAUCGGCCGGAGGAGUACAAGCAGAAAAUAAAAGAGUACAUCCAGAAAUAUGCAACAGAGGAGGCCCUGAAGGAGCAGGAGGAGGGAGCAGGCGACUCCUCGUCCGAAAGCUCCAUGUCUGACUUCUCAGAAGACGAGGCCCAGGACAUGGAGUUGUAGUAAUAGGAGGGGCUCCCCCAUCCCACACCCUCCUUUAACCCCCACAGAGACUAUAUUUGAUUUCCUAACCAUGAGAAAGCAGACUUAUAAUAUUCAUAUUUAAACAAGUUGAUUUUUUUUUUUUAUUAUUAUUAUUAUUAUAUUAUUAUUAUUACUACUAAACAAGGAUUUUUAUGGAUAUCUAGCCUUUGGCGUGUUUGACAGACACCCCUCCCGUUCUGUAGCCGCUCCUCCCCACACGGACUGCGUUCACGUUCCCCGGCCGUCGCCUCCGCAUUCUGUCGAGUGAAACAAACACAAACAAAUUCUCCUCCGUGCACACCCGAUCGCUCCAGCUUCGCUCUAUAAAACAUGCCGUUUUCAGUCCCACCCACGUUAUUCUUUCGUUUUUCCGCAGUGCGAACCGACUCUGACCACGUCGCGGUCGUCACAGUAGUGUCUUUAAUGCAUGCAGCCACACACACACACACACACACACACACGUCGCAACACUUGUUGAAUAGAGUGACGUAUCUUUACUCACUAGUACAUCAGUAGGUAUUUUUUGGAAUCUGUGUUUGGCUGUUCCGUUACGUUUUGUUACUCCUGGCCGAUCUUGUUUCUGCCCUCGUGUGCGUUCAGCGCACGUCCCAGGACAGGAUGAUCGGACCGAGGCGUCCGAUUUGGGGAAAUCUGCACGAGCCGCACAAACCCAACGCACACCGGCAGCAAAAACAGGGAAGCGUCUCUGCUGCGAGGCUUUCGCGAGGCGCCGUGGUCAGGCUCGCUUGGCAUUGUGGGAACUGAAAAUAGACCCAGGGCUGUUACAGUCAUCACUUAUUAGUCUUCAGAACUCAGUCUGAGUGCAGUGCAGGCACUGAAGACGGCCACACGGUGGCAGGGCAGACCUGUGGGGGGUGAUCUGGGACUCUCGUCGUAUCAGUGCUCCUCACAUUCCACUGUCACUCGGAUUGUCCUCCAGUGCACGGCCUUCACAUCGGUCCCACCUGCGUUUUGAACUCCCACAGUUCUCCAUCUUGGAUCAUUGAGUUUGGAUAUGAACAAGUACCAGCCCCAUACAGUGUGAUCAUUUCUUUUGUUGUUAUCGUUAAAGGGAGGUAAAAAAAAAAAAAGACUCCUUUCCCUGAAAAAAAGGAAAAGAAAACCCCUGAAGCGUUUUUCAUUCUGGACUCAGCGUGAAGAUGUCAGUCCGUGUUGUGUGAACAGGAAUUACAAUCGCAGCUUUGAGUUCUGAGUAUUAUUUUUUUCCCCCUGCCACCUUUAUUUCUUCAACUUUUUUUUUUUUUUCUUGUCCCAGAUGGGGGGGUCAACACCUUCAGAGUUUUUUUUUUUAUUAUUAUUAUUUCCUGUGUACAGCGUCUACCUUGUACAGUGAUCAGACACGUCUCUGCAGCCUCGCACCCGCGCGGCCCACCGGGGCCGACGCGGCAGUUGUACUACCUAGACAAACUUUUGAAAUGUAUUCACUUUGUAGAUUUGCAGUAAAUGAUUGCCCGGUUGCUCGGUGGCAGAUCGCGGAUCCCCCCGGUGUGGGAGGUUCGAUUCCCGAAUCCUCUGAUCUGCACUUCCCUCCUCUGUGCCUCAUUAUACAAAACAAACAUCACCGUUGAAGAAUUCCACUGUAUUCCCAAAAAAAAAAAAAAAAAAAGCCAUAAAAGGUCAAAAAUAAGUUGGUGAAAUGAGAGAAAGAUGCUCUUCCUCUCAUCUCGCUGCAGGUGGAUAUGAGCCGAUGUAGGUUUGGUCAUUUCUGGCUCAGGUUUGAAUGAUUUUCGCCCAGAAGAUGAGCCAGUUUUGGGUUGUUUUUUUUUUUUUUUUGACAUGUCAGAAUAGUUAGUUUUUGCUGGGUGGCUACUUCAACAAAGCAUAAUGUGAUAUGACUGUGUUCCACAUAGGUUUAUGUAGUUUGGUACCUGGUAACACAUUCAGUGCUCAUCCGAUUUCUCGUCCGUUCCGUGGUUUCAUGUGAGAUGCCCCCAUCGACACGCCUGCUCGUCCUCCUCCCUCCACAUCCAGAGUUGUACAGAUGAGUGCGAGUGAUUUCAAGCUAGGACGACGUUCCACCUGUAGUGAGCCUGCUAGAUCUAACUGUACAGAAAUGGAAACGUGUGAUUCAGCCAUUUUUCUUUUUUCUUUUUUUUUUUUUUUUUCCCUCUAAGAGAUCGGAUUUUCUCUAUAAGCAUGAUUAGUGACAGUUCUGUGCACAUGAUUAUCACCACGAUUUAAUGCAGAGAUGCAUUUCUGAUUUGUUUCCUCCCUUUUCUCCUGAUAUUUACUGACUCUUUUAAAGCGACGGGACGAAGUGGUUUUGAAUGUUGGCGCGGGGGCAGCUCUCGGCACGAUGCACAGCUCACCUCCGUCAUGAUCUAAACGUUAGAGACACUAUAAGGGUGUGAAUGUCUUACAUGUAACAGGAACAAAAAAAAAAGUUUCCCCAUUCUCACAAUUGACUCAUUUUCCACCUUUUAAGUUUCCGUCAGAUUGUUUCUUCUCUCUCUUUUUGUUGUUCUGAACCCAGAUCUUGAAGCAGCUUGAUCUAAAGUUUUCCCUUCUGGUGAUUUCUGCUUUACACGUGUGGAGUAUUGCACCCGAGUGCUGAAAUGUUAAAUCUAAGUUAGGAACUGCAAUGAAAUUGCACAUUCAGAUGUAGUGGUGAACAGGGGACUAAUUCUUUUUUUCUUUUCUUUUCUUUUCUUUUUCCCUCCUAUAAAACCGAAUCUUGUGUCCAAGUUAAACUGUAGGUUUGCUUCCCGAUAUAAUUUGGAUCCGCUGAGCAAUAAAUUGACAAUACAUUCGGUUGUGCUGCUCGGGUGAAACCACCUGACCUCUAGUUUUAUUCCCUGCAGAAGCUCACUCAGUGUUAAAGUACAUGACUGCUGUCUUUUUUUAUCGUUUGGACUGUUUUUAGCUGAAGGAAUUAAAAGAAAAACCAUACAACUUGAAUUAUAAGCAAUUUUUCAUUGGAGGGGAAAAAAAAAAGUUUUUUUUUUUUUUUUGUUUUUGAAUUUCCGUUUGGCUUUUUCCCCCCCUCCACCAGUUCUGCAUCAGCCCCACUGACUCACACAUUGAAACCCCAUUGAUUAAAUAGGGCCGACUGGACCGCACUAGCGCACACUUCCUCCCCUCCCCUCCCCUCGCCCGACUGAACAAGGACGAAGAGCCUGAGGCGACACCAGUCUAUCAUUAAUCCGUAGACAAAGUGUCCGAGGCCCGAUCUCUGUCUUAUCAGCACAACUGCAGAGAGCCAGCACCGCCAUCCUUGUAAAAUCACCUUUACCCCCCCACCUCCGUGUGUGUUGACUGUGUCUCUUCGGGCAGUUUGCAUGCUUCUGGUGUGUGUGUGUGUGUGUGUGUGUGUGUGUGUGUGUGUGUGUGGGUGGAGUCGAGGCUCGCUUGGUGCACACCUCCCAUCCCGUCUUGUGCUCGUGUGGAUUUGUUCCCCUGUGCUGAUGGACUGCUACCAUCAGGGGAUUUAGCAGCUGCACACAGCACAGACAUUUGCAUUAAAAAAUAAAAAAAUAAAGAAGAAAAAAACUAUUUGGUACCUAGUGUGUGAAAAUUGAGGGUUUAAAAAGUCAAAGUUUUGUUUGUUUUCUU